UCCCUCCCUCAGCCCGCAGAAACAGUGAAACCCUCCCACAGAGGUGAGAGCGCAGAUGUCAUGAGAAAAGAGACCACACGACCAGAGCGCAACGACCGACUCACCGAGCGACCUCAGCCCGCCUCCAUGCGCCCCGGUCUGGGAUGCUUUUAGCGCAGAGACGCCUCCACUCAGGGCAGCCAGUGGACGUCGACGCAGAUCAUCUCCACUCUUUCCGUUGUUGUUGUUGUUAUUUUUAAACCGAGGAUUUUUUUCCUUUCCCAACCUCCACCUCCUCCACCACCUCCACACCGCAUCCUCCUCCACCAAACUCCAUCCUUUUUUUUUAAGUGUUUAUGUGUGUUUCUUCAUGACUGCUGCUUUGGGAAGCGAGCCUCAGCAAGCAGCAGCUCCAGCAACGCCAACACCAUGCGAGCCCAAAUCGAAGUUAUACCAUGCAAAAUCUGCGGAGACAAAUCUUCAGGUAUCCACUAUGGAGUCAUAACGUGUGAGGGAUGUAAGGGUUUCUUCAGACGGAGUCAGCAGAACAAUGCAUCCUACUCCUGCCCCCGCCAGAGGAACUGCCUCAUCGACAGAACAAAUCGCAACCGCUGCCAACACUGCCGCCUGCAGAAAUGCCUCGCCCUAGGAAUGUCCAGAGAUGCGGUAAAGUUUGGCCGCAUGUCCAAGAAGCAGCGUGACAGCCUGUACGCAGAGGUCCAGAAGCACCAGGCGCGACUGCAGGAGCAGCGGCAGCAGCAGACCGGCGAAGCCGAAGCUCUGGCACGUGUUUACUCGUCCAGCUUAUCCAACGGACUGUCCACCCUUAACCAUGAGAUUGGGGGCACUUAUGCCAAUGGUCAUGUCAUUGAGCUGCCCAAGGGUGGCCAUGGUAACGGAGGCGGAGUCCCAGGGGGAUACUAUGGGAUGGAUUCCACCCAGCCGUCUCCAGACCAGUCAGGUUUGGACAUGUCGGGCAUGAAACACAUUAAGCAGGAGCCGGUGUAUGACCUGACGCCAGUACCCAACCUGUUCAGCUACGGAGGCUACCAGGACAGUCAGCUGGGACCCAAUAAUGUCAGCAUGGGAGAGCUGGACCGCAUCGCUCAAAAUAUCAUCAAGUCCCACUUGGAGACAUGUCAGUACACAACAGAGGAGCUGCAGCAGCUCGCCUGGCAGACACACUCCUACGAAGAGGUCAAGAUGUACCAGAACAAGCCCCGGGACGUGCUGUGGCAGCAGUGUGCCAUCCAGAUCACCCAUGCAAUCCAGUACGUGGUGGAGUUCGCCAAGCGCAUCUCAGGGUUCAUGGAACUGUGCCAGAAUGACCAGAUCCUCCUGCUCAAGUCAGGUUGUUUGGAAGUAGUCUUGGUGCGGAUGUGCAGGGCGUUCAACCCUCUCAACAACACCGUGCUCUUUGAAGGGAAGUACGGAGGCAUGCAGAUGUUCAAAGCUCUGGGUUGUGAUGACUUAGUGGGUGCGGUGUUUGACUUUGCCAAGAGUUUGUGUUCACUGCAACUGACGGAGGAGGAGAUCGCUCUGUUCUCAGCAGCUGUACUAAUUUCCACAGAUCGGCCGUGGCUGAUGGAGCCUCGGAAAGUCCAAAAGCUCCAGGAGAAGAUCUACUUUGCUCUGCAGCACAUUAUGCAGAAGAACCACAUGGAUGAAGACGCACUGGCUAAGCUGAUCAGCCGAAUCCCAACGUUGUCAGCCCUGUGCACGCUCCAUACCGAGGAGCUCCAGGCCUUCCAGCAACUCCACCCAGAAACGGUCAAUGUCCUCUUCCCUCCGCUCUACAAAGAACUCUUCAACCCCGACCCCAACUCCGCCAUGGUCAUGCCCAAGUGACUGCCCGUGGCCUCAGCGGAGGAACGAGAAAAUAAGGCCACGUCCGACGAGACGACAGCGGCGACAGUGUCGAUUAUGUCAUCAACAUGGCAACCACAUAUUCCUGAGCUCCCCCAGCUUCAUUUCAGGCUGGAGGGUGAGGAGUCACCUGCCAGAAACUUACAGUUACCGCCAACAAUACUAGGAAUGUCCAGCACUUAUUCCAUCAUGUUCACCGAUACAGUCUGAAGAAUGUAUAUAUAAAUGAAACGCGCCCCCCGAGCCACGACCUACGCGGGGGCUUCCUCCUGUCUCCUGAACUGAACUGACUGACCAGAAAUGUACAGACUUUAAAAACCAUCUAGGAACAAUUUUAAGCUGUCAAUCUUAAAAAAAAAAAAAAUGGGUAAGUUAAUUUGUUUUAACUUUGGAAAAAAAAACAAAAAAACUUUUGUUUGUUUGAUUGAUUUUUUUUUUUUUUUUUCACGUGAAGAAAUUGUGAAGCUGGACGGGGGAGGGAACUGUGGAUUUAGAGAAGCUAUUGUAGAUAUUCUUCUAGUGCAGAGCGGAUUCCAGUAUUACUUCUUGUUCUGUUUAAAUAAUAAGUUAGUCCUAAUUUAAAUAUACAGCAGUCCACCGUGGCUGAUUAUACCUAUGUCUAUGUGUUUUUAUUUUAUUUGAUAGUUUCUUUGUGUACAGAAUUUGUAAAGCUGAGACUUGUAAAAGAAUAUUGGGUAAAAACCGGGAGUCGACAUAUAGAAGCCUUGUCUGGAUUUUGUUCAUAUGUAAAGAAGGUACUUCAUCCUUCUGAUGAGAACUUAUAGAAUUGUAAAGAGAGCAUAUGAAGAAUUUAAAAAAAGAAAAAAAGAAGAAGAAAAUAAUUGCUACUACUUUUCAAGGUUGAAGAUAUAUACGUAAAUAUUCUAUUUUGCAAGUAAAAGAAUCUGGCAGAUUUGCCGUCCUAUCAAUCAUUUUUUUCUCUCGCUGCAAUAAUUACGUCCAACAAAAAAAAGCUGGACUGCUUUCGAACAAUCAACCAGAAACAACCAAUCAGAAACUAGGACCUCACUCCCCCCCGCUCCCUCCGUGUUAGCGCCUUGGCGUGAGAUUUCGUGAAGAGAAAUCACAAUGAAGGAAAAACUAAAUCAAACUUGAAUUGAAGUCGCAUCUUGCCAAUCUCGUAUCGUAUGAGGCGCCCUCGUCCCUCCCCCUCCCGUCACUAUUUGCACAAUCCAGUCGGUGGAUGUCAAUCACUCCGGGCUGAAUAUGAAGGACCCUUUUUUCCUCUAAAGAGCAAUAAUAACUUUCUUCACGCUGCCUUUCUGAUCUUACUCCUCUCUCCUUUUCUUCUCUUCCUAUUCCCAGAUGUUCAAAACAGAGUUUUUAAAACAACAAUGCACUAUAUUUGACUCUUGAUCGUUAAUCGUGUCUAUAACAGUCAUCUCUAUGGGUGGUAUUCAUUCAGACGCCACACGAUCUGGGGUUAGGACAGAACACAGAGCACUGAUCGAAAGAUCCAGAAAUCUGUGAUAGACAAUCACCUUUUUUCCAUAAUCGGUAGCACUUAACGAUCAUUCUUUGUUGCUUUCUCUACAUUAAUGUUAUGUUGAUUAGGCCACUGUGCAAACACUGUGUGGAACAAUUUGAAACCUUACGCUCUGUAUGCAUUUCUUCUUUUUUAACGAGAGCUUAAAGAGCUUCCUUUAUAACAAGCUAUUUACCAAAAUAAAGUCACCCACUACACAAUAAGAGCACAAAAGUAAUCAGCUGAUGACUUGUGAUUAAUGGACUGAUCUGGUGUUAUUCAUGCACUAAAAGUGAAGAUCUGUUCGUUGCACAGUGGCCAAACCGUUUUCAUCCACACGUGUCUCAGCGAUCCAUUCACAAGAGAUCCCUUCACCCCCGACCUCUGACCCCUGACCCCCCGACCCCAGAUCAGAGGCCAGUGACUCUUUAAGACAAUCACUUGCUCGUUUAAAAAGGCUCGAUGCACUACGCAGCAUCUCUCAGGGAAGCAGCUCUUUUUCUGACUUUGCAUUAAAAGAGGGUUUAAAUAUUUUUGCAAAUUUACAAAAAAAAAAAAAAGAAAAAUUAUAAAAUAAUAAUAAUAAUAAGAAGAAGAACUUUUUAGGGUUAAUAAAUAAACAACACGGCAUACGCUGCCAAACGUAUGCAGGCAAACACAGAAACUGCCCAGACAAGGCUUUGAUAAGUGUGUGUGUGUGUGUGUGUGUGGAGCAUGAAUUCACUGUCCAAAAAUCAGAGCCCAGACUUUAUGACAAGCAUUGUUACGUAGCACACGAAGAAAAACAUAUAUAAAUAUAUAUAAACUGUCAUGUUUACUGCUUAUUUUGCUGCUUUCGGGACACUGAGGGAAGUCCACUAGUAAGCUGUGAAUCAAGCGCCAUCACAACAACAACAAACCACCCCUCGAACCCGGGACAGUGAAUUCCAACUCUGAAUAAUAUGAAGUUUUUGUGUGUGCUGUUUUUUUAUUUUCCCUUGUUAGACUGUGAAUCAGAGGGGUGGGAUGUGGGUUACGAGAGAAGAAAGGGGGGGAUGUGCUGGCAAGAACGAGUGGCAACGCAACACUGUAAGUAAGAUACUGUAGCAAUAAGAACUGGAGGCAUUUACUACUGUCAUGUUUGCAUUGUAAGAUUAUUUUUUAUUUUAUUACUAUUUACUAUUAUUAUUGUUCUUAUUAUGACUACUAUUCUUCUAUUACUAUUAGCCUAUUGUUGUUCUGUUCUCUAUUUGCAUGACGUUUCAUUGCAAUGAAACAUUCGGGGCUUAUUUGUGUUUUUUCUCUUCUCAUGAUAUUGUGAGUUUCAAUAGGGAGGGGGGUUAUUAUUAUCGGCAGGGUGGGCGAUGGGUUUUAGGGCAAAAAAAAAAAAAAAAAAAUCCACAUCAAUUCAAUCAAUUCAGUUUUUUUCCAUUCACAAGCUGAAAGAAUUUUUAAAUAAAAGGCUCCUAUUUAUACACAAACUAUGAAAUAUUUGUUCGAUUUGAGAUUUUUGUUUUGUUAUUGGGAUGUGUGAGUUGGUAUAACAAUUUUUCUGAACUGGCCUUAUUGGAUCAGAGAGAGACCCUUAUAACCUGCUGCGGGAGGGAACAAUGUGGUUUGUGGGUGGAUGGGAUGGGGUGGGUGGGGUAACCUAUUCUGAAUGUUAUGGAGUAGCCUGAACGCAUCAUGCGCCUUUUUUUUUGUUUUACCACUCCAUCAACACAGACUGACAUCGCAAGAGCGCACAAUAAAAGCUGCGGACGUUUUUUUAAUACACUGUACACACAUUUCCUACAAUACGUCAAAUACACUCCACCCCAAAACCUCCUCCUCCUUUUCCUGAGAAAAGCCUGUGUGUGAGUGAGUGUGUGACAGAGAGAAUGAUGACCAGUGCUUUGUAAAACUUUCUCGAUGCAUUACAGAUGCGUGCAAUUGGGAGUAGCGUUGAAAAAAUUAAUUUAUUGUUUAGAAUGUCUUUGCAUCCUAGCAAGAGCAAAUAAAACAGAAAUGUAGCAGCCUGUAAGCGGAAAAACCUGAAAGGUGCUUCGACUACAGAACCUCUUUCACACAGGACUGACGAAAAAAUACAAUAAAACGAGACUUUUUAUUAUUUUUUUGUUUGUUGUUGUUUUCAAAGUGCCAUAGCUAGUGAGGAGAGGAUUGGCAGAGCGGAGGCGUAGAUGCUUUUACUGUCUGACAAACCAAUCAAGGAAAAUAAAAAAUAAAAAA